AUGCAACAACUGGAGCAGCUUGUGCUCAGUUUCCAGAAGGAAAAAUCAGAUGUCAGAGAGUGCCAGAUGAAGAUGAAGAGGGAACAAACCGCCUUGGCUACGUCUCAAAAAGUCCUCGAAAAGGACACGCAGGACCUGAAGGAAUUUAAACUUAGUUUGAAAAUGAAAAAUCAAAAGUUGAUUGCGUCUCAGAAGCGUGCCGAAGAGGACAAAGCUGAACUGAUGGAUUUCCGGAAAUUCUUGACUGAAAAACAGAAAACUCUGCAAGAGACUUCACUCAGUUUACAACUGAAAAAAAUGAGGUUGGAGAAUGAUCAGAAUAAAUUAGAAACGGACAAACAGAAGUUACUGGAAGAUCAGAGAAAAAUAGAACCGGACAAACGGAAGAUACUGGAAGAUCAGAGAAAAAUAGAACCAGACAAACAGAAGAUACUGGCAGAUCAAAGAAAAAUAGAACUGGACAAACAGAAGUUACUGGCAGAUCAAAGAAAAGCAGACCACAGACAAGCUGAACUUGCUGAGUUACGCGAAGACCUCAACAAGAAAAUGAACUCUCUGAAAGUCUUAAGAGCCAGCUUGGAAACUGAACAAGAAGCGUUACGUGAGUCUGAAAGGAUCGUAGAGGAGGACAAAGCUGAACUGCUGGCGUUCAAGAAACGGUUGAGUGAAAAACAGCAAACUCUGCGAGAGGUUUUGAUCAGUUUUGAACUGGACAAACAAAAGUUGCAGGAUGAUCAGAAAACAUUAGAAUUGGACAAACAGAAGUUACUGGUCGAUCAGAGAAAAGUAGAACUGGACAAAAAGAACUUACUGGAAGAUCAGAGAAAAGUAGAACUGGACAAACAGAAAUUACUGGAAGAUCAGAGAGAAAUAGAACCGGACAAACAGAAGAUACUGGAAGAUCAGAGAAAACUAGAACUGGAUAAACAAAAGUUAAUGGAAGAUCAGAGAAAAGCAGGCCACAAACACUCUGAACUUACUGAGUUGCGCGAAGACCUCAACAAGAAAAUUAAUUAUCUGAAAGCCUUAAGAGCCAGCUUGGAAUCUGACCAAGAAGCGUUACGCGAGGCUCAAAGGAUGGUACAGGAGGACAAAGCUGAACUGCUGGAGUCCAGAAAAUGCUUUAACAUCAAACUGAAAUCUAUGAAAGAGACUUCGCUCCGUUUAGAUCAGGAAAAAGAACAAUUAAAGGAGGCGCAGGAAAAAUUGGUGGAAGAACAAAAGGAACUUGACGAGAACAGGAAGUCUCUGAAAAUGUCUUUCCUCAGUCUGGAAAAGGAACAGCUAAAUCUGACAGAGCUGACAGAGCAGAAUGGAUUGGCUAAAGAAGAACUGGAACUGCUCUUGUGUAAGGUGAAAACGAUGCAGUUAAAACUAGACCAGAAGAAAGAAAUACUUGGGAAACAAAAGAAACACCUGGAUCGGAUGAUGAAGGAUCAGAACAAUGAGAAAAACAUGAUUUCCUUUUCCAAGAAGGUGGUGGAAGAGAAAAGUAAGAGACUGUGCAAUGAGAGGAAUGAUUUGGAAGAUCUCAGAAAGAGUUUUAUUGAAGAAAGAAAUAGUUUUGACAAAGAAAGGGAACAUCUGGAAAUGGAGAAGACCGUCCUUGAGUCCAAACUGGAAGACCUCAGCGCCAAGAACAAGAAACGCUUCAGAUUCUCUGGCUUCCUCAGAAGUUUCAGUGAGAGACGACAGUCCCGUACAGAAAGUCCGAAGGGAGAACGGGAUAGCCAAGUAAGUCUGUACUAG